GUCGCAGCUCGACCUCUUCGGCAUUCGUGUCGAGAUGAUUUGCGCCGCGGUCGAAACCAGCGUAUAUCGUCGCGAGCGAUGUACACUUUGAACCGUUGCUCGUUUUAUCGUCUUUGUGUUAAAAAAUUAAUUGGAUAAGUGAUACCCCCGCUCUCUCCAAUUCUCGAUCACCCGUUUCGACGUAAUUCGAAUCAUUCGAGCGCUUCGUGUCGAAAGAUUUGCAAUUGUUCACCAUCCGAAGUAAUCUCAGUGUCUCCGAAGUAACUUUGUUAGUUAGUUCUCUGAAUCUCUUAUCGUUUGCAUUUUGUGAUUUGCGCUGUUUUGCGAUAAGAUCUCACGGGCGCGCGAUCGAAUGGCGAUCUGUGUUCGCGAUCUGCGUGACGACGAGCUGCUAAUGUGCUGAUCGAUUACGAGAGUCGAUCGUGAAACGACGAAACGAACUGCGCCCAAACGUCAUCGAUCGUCAGCGUGUGAUGCGUCGGAUCGGUUUCGUUCUUCCCGAGUGAACUUUCAGGUGAAUUCUGCGAAUUGAACUGCGUGAGAGAAAGAGGAGAGACACGGAAAUGUACGGUCUCGUCGAGUUUUUCCUCUUCUGCGGGGUGCUCUGCUACUUCUUCGAUCUCAGACCCAAUAAUAUGGUGGACGUUCUGUCGACGCGUCUUCAAGAGCUGUACGCCAAAUGGGACUCGGAAACGAGGACGGACAUGACGCGAAAUGCGGAACCUACGGCCACCCGAUAUUCGUUGGACGGUUUCCGACGAGGUGGUCAUCAAUUGUUCCAGCGAAGGAAAAUUCAGGACAGAGAACAGUCGCGCAAGUUGCGCGAGCGUUCGCUUUUUAAAAUCAAAGAGACCGAGCCGCUGAUGCCUAUGAUCAAACAGAAAUCAUCGUUUCUUCAAUACUGCUGCAACACCUGCACACCCGCUUCCAGAGAUUCUCUGGUAAACACUAUAGUCAAACAACAGCAACCGUACGGUGUGAACGUGCUACUGGUGAAAUCGGGUUCCACGUUGUUCUCCAAAAUAUUCAGUUGUAUUUCUUAUCUCAACACCACCGAGAAAUUCACGUAUCCCAUGGUAACGCAAAUGGUUCUGAAUGACGAGAAGUUGAGCGAGCCCAUCGCUCUGACCGCGAAGGAAACGGUCGACAAUGAGGGUUGCAACGAGGAGAAAGCGUUCAAGAAGGCGAGAGCCAGAGCCAGAAGUAUAUUGAUGCGAAUGGAAAGCAGAUGCAGCAACACUCUGCUGAAGAUAGUCGCGUGGUUGAUGUACAAACUGCUGCCUUGUUUCAUACGGUCCGCCACCGUGUUGCCUUCCCAGAUUGAGCUCCUGAAGAAGGCGAACGAGACCGGUCUGCCGCUCGUGCUGCUGCCUCUUCAUCGCAGCCACUUGGAUUACAUAAUGCUCAGUUUUCUCAUGGUUGUGCACAGCUUGAGAAAUCCGUUAAUCGCGGCGGGAGACAAUUUAAAUAUUCCAUUUUUCGGACGACUUCUGAAAGGUCUGGGCGCUUUUUACAUCAAGCGUCGUAUCGACCCGGUAGCGGGACGCAAGGACUUUCUUUAUCGCGCGAUUCUUCAAACAUACAUCAUGGAGAGUCUUCGUGUCGGUCAUAAUUUGGAAUUCUUCGUCGAGGGAGGUCGAUCGAGAACCGGAAAACCCUGUAUGCCGAAGAGCGGUAUUCUGAGCGUAAUCGUCGACGCUUACAUGGACGGUACCAUUGAGGACGCGCUGCUGGUUCCUAUAGCCAUCAAUUACGAUCGACUGGUGGACGGGAAUUUCGUCAGAGAACAACUGGGUCAGCCGAAGAAGAUGGAAACGUUCGCGUCGACGAUCAAAGCUAUGUGGUCGACUUUAAGGGGCAACUAUGGUAUCGUCAAGAUCGAUUUCUGUCAACCGUUUUCUCUCAGGGAAAUGAUAAAGGCCGUUCAAGCUCAGCAGAGUAAAUUGGAAAAAUCGAUUGUAAAAUCGCCGUCGGAACGAUCGUUGAAAUACAGUAUGUCGAAUUCAUCUCUUUACGGCACGGACGUUGUUGUGGAGGAACAUCGUCAAUUGGUAGAGAGCAUCGCACGACAUGUUGUUUACGAUUCCUCCAAGUCUACGCCCAUCAUGUCAACUAAUAUAGUCGCAUUUAUAUUAUUAAAUAACUAUAGAAAUGUUGGUUGUACAUUGGACACUCUAGUCGGACAAUUCGAGUCGAUACGCCGCGAGAUGGAAUUUAACGACAAGGAUGUAGCGUUUUGCGGAGAAAACAUUGAUAUCGUUAAGCACGCGUUGGAUAUCUUGGGUUCGAACUUGGUGACGUAUCAGCGACGCGAAGGUGACGAGAACAAGACUGUCGACAGCGAUCAGUUUUACAAGUCGACAGAUGCCGUCACGGUCAAAGCAGUGUCGAAUCUGCCGAAUGUGAUCGAAUUGUCUUACUAUAGCAACACCUUGCUAAUGCACUAUGUUAUGGACAGCGUAGUAGUAACCGCUUUGUGUGCUGAAUUGCAGUCCGACAAUAACGACGAGAACACGUAUCCGUGUUGCGAUUACAGUAAAAUAGUGAAUCAACAAAAAUUGAUCGAACGAGCACUCAAAUUGUGUGAUAUUCUGAAGUACGAGUUUAUUUUCUGCAGACCCUGCCAAAUGCUGAACGAUGUGAUACAAGAAACAAUACAGAACCUGACACAUACGGGUGUUUUAACGCAGAUACAGCAACUUUAUCUCGAUGAUGAACUCUGGAGCAAAAGAUACGCGAAGAAUUUUGACGACAGCUCGGACGAGGAAUAUUCGAAAGAUCAAGAAGUCCGAAAAGUUGAAUACAAAGUGAGCACGGAACAAUCUCAUCGCGAUCGUUUAAGAUUCCUGUGGGUGAGUUUACAACCGUUAAUCAACACAUACGUGUAUAGCGCUUCUAGUUUGAUGAGACUGGUUGGACGAACAAUCAGCGAGCAAGAGUUGGUCAGAGAAGUAUUAAGUAAUAUCAAAACCAGUUUGGAUGAGGGUGAUCUUGAUUACGGAGAAAGUUUGUGUGUCGAUCCGAUCAAGAACUCUCUCAAACUUUUCGAAAAAUGGAACGUUCUGGAGAUCCUCAUGCACGAAAGAACCAAGAUGUUCAGCUUGAAAAAGGAAUACGACACGGACGCGGCGGCGAAAAAUGUUUACGAUACCAUAGCAAUUUUUAAAUCUCGAAUUCAAGCGUGAUACUUUCUACUUCCGACAACAAUCUCCGAUCAAUUAUAAAUAUUUUUUUUUUUUUUUUUUUUUUACAUCUUUUAUA